UUCUGUCACUGUUUUUCCCCCCAAGUGUCAAACAAGACACAAAUGUUGUGCCAAAAAUAAUUAAUCUUUUAACUUGAAACACCAGUAAACGUUUUUCAAAACAAAAUAAUGGCUUCAGGUUUGGAAGCUUACGUUAAUCAUACAGUAUCGAUAAUUACUGCAGAUGGAAGGAACUUUAUAGGAACACUCAAAGGAUUUGAUCAGACAAUUAAUAUAAUUUUAGAUGAUUCCCAUGAACGUGUCUUCUCAACAACAGCCGGCAUCGAACAAAUUGUCUUGGGCCUGCACAUUAUUCGAGGCGAUAACAUUGCAGUGAUCGGACAAAUAGAUGAAGCAAUUGACUCGAGACUGGAUUUCAGUACCAUAAGGGGUGAGCCCCUGGGUCCAGUAAUCCACUAGCAUUUAUUUAACCCGCCAUUAUAAAAUAAAAAAAUAUAUCUAUACAACAGAAAA